CGCUUGAAUACGGACGUGUUUUCAGGUCCAAGUCGAAGUCGAAGUCGAAUCACAACGGAUCGGUCGGUUGAAAGUUCAAAAACUCGUCAAUUGACAUAAAUUGAGUGCAAUUUGCAGUGUUUUCGCGAAAUGUGUGUCUAACUGAGCCCACCGAAUUCUCCGCUUCUUGUCGCGUGUUCAGCUCAUCACAUCGACUUAAUUAGAAGAUAUAAACAAAUCGUACAUAUAGUUCGCACUCGAAAUGGCCGACGAAAGCCUGCACACUGUGCCCCUGGAGCACAACAUAGACUAUCACAUCGUGACACUCUUUGAGCGCCUGGAGGCGAUGCGCAAGGACUCACCUGGCGGAGGCCACGGGGUCAACAAUCGGUUAUCCAGCACCCUGCAGGCUCCAAAGCGCAGCAUGCAGGCCGAGAUUCGCACGCUGGAGUUUUGGAGAUCCAUCAUCAGCGAGUGUCUGGCCUCGUUCAUGUACGUGUUCAUCGUCUGCGGAGCUGCCGCGGGAGUCGGAGUGGGUGCCAGUGUGUCGUCCGUGCUCCUGGCCACGGCUCUGGCCUCCGGACUGGCGAUGGCCACGCUGACGCAGUGCUUCCUCCACAUCUCGGGCGCCCACAUCAAUCCCGCCGUCACCCUGGCCCUCUGUGUGGUUAGAUCUAUAUCUCCGAUCAGGGCGGCCAUGUAUAUAACCGCCCAAUGUGGCGGAGGAAUCGCCGGAGCCGCACUCCUCUAUGGCGUAACUGUGCCAGGAUACCAGGGAAAUCUGCAGGCCGCCAUCUCACAGAGCGCUGCUUUGGCUGCCUGGGAAAGGUUCGGCGUGGAAUUCAUCCUCACCUUUCUGGUGGUUCUGUGCUAUUUCGUAUCCACGGAUCCCAUGAAGAGGUUCAUGGGCAACUCGGCCGCCUCGAUUGGCUGUGCCUACAGCGCCUGCUGCUUUGUGUCGAUGCCCUACCUGAAUCCUGCCCGCUCCCUGGGUCCCUCGUUUGUGCUGAACAAAUGGGACAACCACUGGGUCUACUGGUUCGGUCCCCUGGUGGGCGGCAUGGCCUCUGGCCUCGUCUACGAGUACAUCUUCAACUCUCGUCGCAGUUUGCGCCACGCCAAGGGCAGCAUUGACAACGACUCCAGCUCGAUUCACUCGGAGGACGAGCUGAACUACGACAUGGACAUGGAGAAGCCCGGCAAGUAUCAGCAGUCGCAGGGCACCUAUCCGCGUGGAGGUCAGUCGAAUGGCAAUGGGAACUCGGGUCAGCAGGCCUCAGUGGGAAAUGGUCAACAUCAGGCCGGAAAUAUGGGCCAGAUGACUGGAGUGGUGGCCAAUGGACAGGGCAACUACUGCCAGAAUUUGUACACUGCUCCGCCGCUCUCUUCGAAAUACGAACAGCAGCAGGAGCCACUGUACGGUGGAACCCGCUCUUUGUACUGCCGCUCACCCACUUUGACCAGGAGCAACCUGAAUCGCUCGCAAUCCGUUUAUGCCAAGAGCAACACGGCCAUCAACAGGGACAUAGUGCCGCGUCCAGGUCCUCUGGUGCCCGCCCAGAGUCUCUAUCCCAUGCGCACCCAGCAGCAGCAACAGCAACAGCAGCAGCAGCAACAGCAGCAACAGCAACAGGUGGCUCCUGCUCCGCAAUCCUCCCACCUGCAGAACCAGAAUGUCCAGAAUCAGAUGCAGCAGCGCAGCGAGAGUAUCUACGGAAUGAGGGGUUCGAUGCGGGGACAGCAACAGCCGAUACAGCAACAGCAACUGCAACAGCAGCAGCAGCAGCAACAGCCGAAUAUGCAGCCGCAACAGUUGCAGCCUCCGCCGCAAAUGAUGGUUGAUCCCAACCAGCAGCAGCAGCAACCGCAGGGCUUCCAGCCGGUCUACGGCACUCGGACGAAUCCCACGCCCAUGGACGGCAGUCACAAGUACGAUAGGCGCGAUCCUCAACAGCUUUACGGCGUCACGGGUCCCAGGAAUCGCGGACAGUCGGCUCAAUCGGACGACAGCUCGUAUGGCUCCUAUCACGGCUCCGCCGUCACUCCUCCCGCUCGUCAUCCCAGCGUGGAGCCAUCGCCUCCGCCGCCACCGAUGCUCAUGUAUGCCCCACCCCCGCAGCCAAAUGCAGCCCAUCCGCAACCCAUUCGCACCCAGUCGGAGCGAAAGGUGAGUGCUCCAGUGGUGGUUUCCCAGCCGGCAGCCUGUGCCGUGACCUACACAACCUCUCAAGGACCCGCGGUGGCCACCCAACAGCAGCAACAGCAGCAGCAGCAACAGCAACAGCAACAGAUGAUGAUGCAACAGCAGCAGCAACAUUACGGAAUGCUGCCGCUGAGGCCCAACUGAAAGCGGCUGUCUUGGGGUCCGGUGACCACGCCCCCGCCAGGGAUCAGCGCCCUCGCCCUCCAGCCCGGAGGCACCAUGACCCUGCACCGCUGCAGCCUAGCCAAGCAGAGCAGUUUGUUUUAGUCGUAAUACUCGGGCAUCGCAUCCAAAGGAAAUGUACGCAAGUCUCAGCCCCUAGAGUAGCAUAGUCCUAGUUUAGAUAGACACUGUAUUAUUCGGAGCCAACGCGACGAGGAACUCACACCUAGCAGACAACGAUGAUUAAGUCUUAAGGAACUAUUAAGGGCGAUUGCUUACUAGACUAAACGGAUAUAGGUGAUCUAGACUG